UAUAAAAAGGAGAGUAUUUUUCUCGGGUGAUUCUCCUGGACUCAAUAGUGACUGCGAGUCUAACGGAAUUCCCAAAUUUCAUCAUCAGUAUCACUCCGAGCCCAAAAAAGGUAGUGGCCCAUGGACUCCUCCGUCGUAGACGGCGGCGCAUCGCUUCCAUCCACCGGUACCGACGCGAGGAAGCGCCGUGUCUCUUACUUCUAUGAACCUACCAUCGGCGACUAUUACUACGGCCAAGGUCAUCCGAUGAAGCCUCACCGUAUCCGCAUGGCCCACAAUCUCAUCGUACACUACUACCUACACCGGCGUAUGGAAAUCAGUCGCCCUUUUCCAGCCGGAGCGGAUGAUAUCCGCCGUUUUCACUCGCCGGACUAUGUUGAUUUCCUUUCUUCCGUUUCACCGGAGACUCUUCAUGACCAUACCCACGCGCGUCAUCUGAAACGAUUUAAUGUUGGUGAGGAUUGCCCUGUUUUCGAUGGACUUUUCGGGUUUUGUCAAGCUUCUGCUGGUGGAUCUAUUGGGGCUGCUGUUAAGCUUAAUCGGCAGGAUGCUGAUAUAACGAUCAACUGGGCUGGUGGCCUGCACCAUGCAAAGAAAAGUGAAGCUUCUGGAUUUUGCUAUGUGAAUGAUAUCGUUCUUGGUAUUCUUGAGCUCCUCAAAGUCCACAAGCGUGUGUUGUACAUAGACAUUGAUAUUCACCAUGGUGAUGGUGUUGAGGAGGCUUUUUUCACCACAGAUAGAGUCAUGACAGUAUCUUUCCAUAAGUUUGGGGACUUCUUUCCUGGUACGGGGCACAUCAAGGACAUUGGCGCAAAUCAGGGGAAGUACUAUGCCCUAAAUGUCCCAUUGAAUGAUGGGAUGGAUGACGAAAGUUUCGGUAGAUUAUUUCGUCCCACAAUACAAAAAGUCAUGGAGGUCUACCAACCUGAUGCUGUUGUUCUUCAGUGUGGGGCUGAUUCACUGGCUGGAGACAGGUUGGGUUGCUUCAACUUGUCUGUCAAGGGCCAUGCUGCUUGCCUUAGGUACCUCAGAUCCUUCAAUGUCCCUCUGAUGGUAUUGGGUGGUGGAGGUUAUACUAUAAGAAAUGUCGCUAGGUGCUGGUGCUAUGAGACAGCAGUUGCAGUUGGGGUAGAACCUGAAAAUAAAUUGCCUUACAAUGAAUAUUAUGAGUAUUUUGGCCCAGAUUAUACUCUUCAUGUUGAACCAAGCCCCAUGGAGAAUCAAAAUUCACCUAGGGAUCUUGAGAAGAUCAGGAACAUAUUGCUUGAGCAAAUCUCACAAUUACCUCAUGCACCUAGUGUGCCAUUUCAAACCACUCCUUCUACAACAGAAGUUCCAGAGGAGAAAGAGGAAAAUAUGGAUCGAAGGCCUAAACCACGGAUAUGGAAUGGUGAUGGUUAUGAGUCUGAUGCUGAUGAAGAUGACAAACCUAGACAGCGAAGUUCUGAUAGUAAUCUUACUCCAGUAGAAUCAUCUGACAUGAGGGAUGUUGACGACCAAGCCAAUGCAGAUGACAUGGUUGAUGAUCAUCCCUAGUUCAAGCUCUUCUACAUCUUCUCAAAUGCAAUGACUGAUAUUUUUUCUGGGUUGAAAGUACAAGCCUUGAUUUUUGACCUUCGCCUCUCAUGAGCAAUUGUUUUGAUGUCUCUUAUGCUGAAAAUGGAAGUAGAAAAAUGAGUUGUCAUAGUAGAUUGCAGUUAGUUGGUUUUAGAUUAGUGAUUGAUGAGUCAAAUGCUGAAGCGAGAGCGUAAUGCUGUCUCUCGUAAAUGGACCUGCUCACCACAAUGCAGACAUGACACACUUUGUUCUUAUGGAUACUGCUGAUAAGAUACAAAAUUAUCGGUGUUCUGUGAGAGUUAUCCGUGUAGUUCUGUGGAUUUAUCCAUGUACAUUUGAGACUGAAUAGUUUCAAUUAUUUCUUAAAACAAGAUUAUUGCUAA